CAGAUGUUGCAAGUGAUGAGGUUUGCUGUAGAGGAAAUUAACAACUCAACCUCCAUCUUGCCUGAUGUGUUCCUUGGCUAUGAGAUCUUUGACCAUUGCUCAGACACACAGAAUUUCCCAUCAGUCUUUGAUUUCCUCUCCAGAAAUAGGUCUGUUGAAGUUCCUCUUAACUUUAAUGAAUAUGAGCCUAAAGUUGUGUCUGUGCUUGGCCCGUUUGGAAGCACUCAAACUAUUACCAUUGCACCAUUUUUCAUGAUGGACCUUCUUCCAAUGGUAAAUUAUGGAUCAGCAAGCUCCAGUUUAAGUGAUAAAAAUGUAUAUCCAUCCUUCCUACGAACGGUAACCAGCAACAGAGGUCAAGUACAGCUCAUCAUUCGCAUUUUACAGAGGUUCAACUGGACCUGGAUCGCAUUCAUAAGCUGCGACAAUGAUUACAGUCGAGAUGCCCUUCAACUCUUCAUUGAUGGCAUAAGAAAGACCAGCAUCUGCUUGGCUUACCAGGAUGAACUCACAAAAGAUUCAAAACACAACGUCACAUUUCGCAACAUACAAAUAUUACAAAUACGUGUCAUCAUAGUUUACACUUUGCAUGCAUAUGCAGUUUCAUUCAUCGAAUCAGCCAUAAAGAACAAUGUACAAGACCAGGUAUGGAUUGCAAGUGAUGCCUGGUCUUUGAGUAAAGAAAUUAAAUCUCUCAAUGGACUCAGCAGCAUUGGUACUAUUAUUGGAACAACAGAAAAGGUUGUGAGCUUACCUGGGUUUACAGAAUUUGUCUACAAAUCUCAGGACCACAGUAAACCCAUCGAAUGCAAAGACAGAAAACUCCAAGAUUUUACAGCAACCUGUAAUCAAGCUUGCUAUAACUGCUCUUACAUCGACCCAAUCAAAAUAAUUACUGAAGAUCCAUCUUAUAACUUUGCCAUUUACUCUGCAGUUUAUGUUGUGGCAAAAGCCUUGCAUAACUUACUACAGUGUGGCUCGAAAGGAUGCAAUAAGGCUGAACGGGUGUACCCAUACAAGCUUUUCAGAGAAAUAAAAAAGUCAGAUUUCAAGCUACUAAAUCAGCAAAUAAAGUUUGACGAAAAUGGAGACCCUCCCGCGAGGUACAACAUAGUGUUCUGGAACCUGCGCUCCUCUCCCCCCUUUCAACAUAUCGGAUCAUUUGACACAGAGCCGACUGUGCAUUUCAGUAUUAAUGAGUCUCUCAUUCACUGGUACACCAAUGGAACAAUUCCUGUAUCACAGUGCUCUGAGGAGUGUGAAAUAGGCUCUGCUAGGAGACCAUAUAGAAUAUAUAAGUGCUGCUUUCUGUGUGAUGUCUGCCCAAAUGGCACCUAUGUCAAUCAUUCAGCUGAUCCGUACAGUUGCCUCCCGUGUAAGAAGAAUGAAUGGUCUGACCCAGGGAGCUCUUCAUGUACAGAGCGUUCUGUGGAGUAUGUUCACAUCACGGAGCCUCUGUCAGUCCUGCUCAUGCUCUCUGUCAGCUUCAUGCUCUUUCUUGCAGCAGCCAUCGCCAUCCUCUUCGCCCGUAACUACAGCACCCCAGUUGUGAGGUCUGCGGGGGGUAAAAUGUGUUUCCUCAUGCUGGGCUGUUUGAGCGGUUCAGGUUUCAGUGUGUUCUUCUAUUUUGGCAUCCCGAACCAAAUCAAAUGUUUGUUGAGAAGCACAUUUUUCACUCUGUGUUACACUGUCUGUCUGUCUUGCCUCACCGUCCGAUCCUUCCAGAUAGUCUGCAUCUUCAAAAUGGCUGCCAAGCUACCCAAAGCACAUGCCUGGUGGGUCAAGUACAAUGGACAGUGGAUAUUCAUAGCAGUGGCCUCUACUGUCCAGUUCAUUCUUUGUGCACUCAGUGCUCCUAGACCCUUCAAUGACACAGUGACCUUCAAAGACCAAAUAAUAUUGAACUGUGAUGUAGAAAGUCUGAUCCUACCUAGCAUUGCUGUGUUAUUUGCUGGCUUUCUUGGUUUUUUGUGCUUUACCUUCUCAUACAUGGGAACUGACCUCCCCAAAAACUACAAUGAGGCCAAAUCUAUUACAUUUAGUGUGCUGCUGUUUUAUCUUUCAUGGAUUUCCUAUUUCACUAUUUACUUUCUUUACAAAGGCACCUAUUUGCCCAUAUUUAAUGCAUUUUCAAUGCUGACCAGUUCAUACGGAAUUCUCUUGAGUUAUUUUGUCCCAAAGUCGUAUGUCAUUCUUUUCAAGCCUGAGAAAAACACACAAGCACACUUUCAGUCUUGUAUUCAGGAUUAUACCCAAAAGAUCAGCAGGAUGUAG